CGAAAACAGAGUCAAUAUUGAGAACGAUGUGGACAUAUAAAUUCCGGUAUUAUUUGAUUCCUUCUGUAGGUGAAUAAUUUUCAUAGUAUAGUUUAAAAACGUUUUCUAAUUGUGAUAGUGUAUAUCAAUCAUACUGUAACACAUUAAAGCAGAGAGAGAUUCGAGAGGUGUUUCAAUGGUCAGACGUGGUUUGCAGCUGCGCAUUUAAGAGAUUGUGAUCAGGAAAUUGAAUUAUAAAACUGAAGUCCUAGUAAGGAUAAGCAAUAAUGUAGCUGAAUAUGGCAUCUUGUAUCCAUAUUUUACUGAUGUUUGCCACGCUUCUCACACAGACGUCAAGUGGGGAUCAAGAAAAAUGCAGUAAAGCCAUCCACGAUCUUGUAAAAGUCGUGGCAUCGUGUCCAACAUCCAAACAUGAGUGGGAUAUUGCUGCAAGCAAGAAAAACUGCGAAUAUUUAGCGGCAUUGUGUAAUACAAGUAAAAAACCAUAUCUCUACCACUGCGUCAUAAACGGAUUCAGAAAUCAAACGUUAGAAGUUUGUGCGCAAGGGAGAAUUAUAUUUGGACAUUGCACAGAAUACAAUGUUGCCGGAGAAGUUAUCCAACGUCAUGAUACGGCUAAGUGCAACUGUACAUUCCCAAAAUGUGACAAGUCCUACUAUUCCACCGAGGCUUACAAAUUCCCUGACUGUUAUGAGCUUGUUUAUAUCAAACAAGAUUCAAAGACAAUGACUGUUCAAACAGAAGAAAGUACAACAACCAGCAAACCGGACGAAACCGAAAAAAACAAUCCUUUUAUUUAUGUGGUGAUCGUUGCAGCAGUUGUUAUUUGCGUCCUUGUAUUUAUCAUAAUCAUGAUACUUUGUAAAAAACAAAGAAGAAGAGCUCCGAUCGAUGAAGAAGAACGCAUUGGCAUGAUAAAAAAAGAGCAAUAUUCAUCAAUCAAGUAUUUUUACAUCAAAGCCAAACAUUUCCAACACUUUUAUUAUGUUAACAAUUUGGCAAAAGACUGCGAACUUCGUUUGGAAAAGGUGAUAAGGGACAAGGAUAGAAGAAAAUGCAUGUCUAAUAAAGACGUCAUGAUACGUGUUGUUGGAAAUCUUACUGAUGACAAUCUAAACUUUUUAUCAAAAGUAAAAGAAGAGAAAAAUAUGGAGAGGGAAAUGCGUGGAAUCAAUUUGGAAGCAAUACCACUUCUUUGCUUUCAAAAUGAUCUUCAGUCAGAAUCGGCCUUAGAGAUUUUGCGUGGAGAAAAUGCAUGUCACAAAAUCCUAAUCAAAUCUGAUGUUCCUUGUGACAAAACACGCAAAGCAGAUGGUUCCAUUAUCAUUGUUGGUCAGAACAAACGACAGAUUAAAGAGAUAAUCACAUCAUGUUUUGAGGAACAACUACAUCAGAUGUUAAAAGAUUGGUUAGGAAAACUCAAACAUGAAGAUUCAAACCAACAAACAUCCGAAAUUAUUGCCGAAAUAGAAGCAAUCCGUAAACAGCUGAUACUUGACACCAGCAGCAAUAUAGCUGCUCUUGAUGCACCUUCGAUUGGCAACAAAUUCAUUGUUCCAAAUGAUGUUAAGGACUACCUAUUUAGACGGUUUGACGUAAAUGGAUUUGGAAUAUGGGGAUGUUCAACAAUCCAGAUAUUUGUCAAGAAGGCAACCGAUAAUGAAAUAUUAAAGAAUGAAUUAAUAAACUUGAACCAAAACUUCUUUAAAAAAUAUCAUUUAAAAAUAGAAACUAAAAAUAUUGUAGAAAAGCAGACCAUGCGGCACUAUAAUUUUACAAUGCUAAAGUAUAUUUGGUGAGACCAUUUUUAAAAUUAUCUACAAAACCUUAUGAUGAGGCAAAGGAACAGGCGAGGACAACAGCCUUGCAUCUAUUGAAGACUCUUGCGAGUCCAAAUCCUGUGCUCAUUGCGGUGUCUGUAUACAGAGAGAGAUAUUAAUGCAUUUGAAAUUAAAGAGUUCGUUUUAGAGAUAUGGAAGGAAACCGGUAAAAUAUAUUGCCCACGGAAAAUUGAUACACCUGUCACUCUGAGAAGGCUAAUAAAUGAUGACGUAAGGGACAAAUCUCUUCACAAUAUGGAGAGUAUUUCAAGUUAAGGAUUGCAUGCUUUUGUUUUCAUUCAAGUGUUCGCAUCAAUGUUUCAUUCCUAUCUGUACAGUGCUUUAAUUUUUAACAUAUUCAUUCUCUCCACAGUCAUCAAGUUAUGAAUACUUUUUUGUAAAACGAUUCAUUUGACUUGUUUCAAUAACUUUGAUUUUAGCUUGUACAUAUACUACAUGCUGAUGUAAUUUUUGCUUCCGCUGUUUAUGGAUGUAAGUAUAUGAAGUAAUGAAACAAAAAUGUUUUAUUAUCAGUUCUAAUGAGAUAAAAUUAUUUUAACUGCAUGUGGGUUUUUUUUCGGUUCAAAGCACGUAUUGUUAAUAUAGACUGAUCUUUAAAAAACUUCAUUGACAACAAGUAUUAACUUUUCCUUUAAAUUUUUGAUGAAAUUAUGGUCGUUGUAAUAGUUCCGUAAUGUCACCAUGUUUAAUGUUAAUAAUGACAAGACAUUAUAAACGUAUAUGUAACAGCAGUUUGUUUAUUUCGAAUUGCAUAUGAAUAUUAAAAAAAAAAAUAACAUAAAAAAUACAAUUAGUUUUUUCUUAUUAAGUAUAUGAAGAGAAUGAAACAUUUUAAAGAGUAACUGAGUUAAAUAUUAAUCUGAAGUGUUUUUGAUCGAUUUCGAAUCACUGACUGUUUUGAAAACAAUAAAACAAACAUACA